UCCAACAACCGGAAACAUGUUGACAAAUGUGAUGUUGAUAACGAUGUGUUGUUCGUUACGGAAUGCCAUUGCUGUUUAUUGUAAAAGCUGACUGCCUGACAGUUUGUCAUCGUCUGUGUACAUUGUACGCACAAUGCUGAAAUAUUUAGUAGCUCUUAUUUCAAUAUUCCUGGCCGUAUGGACGGUGCCCGAGUGGCUCACAUUCCCGAUCUACGGCAAUGUUGUGAAUGUGCUGGAGUCGUGGCUGCGGCAGCAGGUCAGUAACGAGCGAGCGCCUGCACCGGUGCGCAUGCUGACGGAAGAUGAGCUGUCUUUAUACAGCGGAGGAGAGAACAGUAAAGGAUUGUACCUGGCGAUCUUAGGACAGGUGUUUGACGUUGAAAAGGGGAGGAAACAUUACGGGCCUGGCGGCGGUUAUCAUUUCUUUACAGGGAAAGACGCAUCAAGAGCGUUUAUUACAGGUGAUUUCACGGAGGCUGGCUUAACUAGCGAUGUCUCGGACUUCACUGACUCCCAGAUUGUGGCUCUGUAUGACUGGCUGUCAUUUUAUCAGAGGGACUACACGCCAGUGGGUAAACUGAUUGGCCGAUUCUACACAGAAAGCGGGCAGCCCACUGACGCUUUGCUGCAUGUUGAGGCUUUCUUGACUGAGGGGUUGAAGAAGAAGGCCCAAGCUCAGAGUGAGAUGCAGCUGUACCCAGCCUGUAACUCGGAGUGGAGCGAAGCCAGUGGGGGACGGGUAUGGUGCUCUACAAUGAGUGGUGGCAUUCACUGAGACUGGGUUGGAGUACCCAGAAUGCUUUUCUCCCCUGGGUCUGGCCACUCCAGAUGUGUGUGUAUCCGACUGUCAGAUCCUGUUCAUGCUGAGAACCGAAACCUCAGAGAGUACAAAGACUGUCCUCCUCAA